UUUUGGCGCAAUUAUCAUAAAAAUUGUAUAACAAGGCCUCCAAACCCAAAAUGUGGUGACCUUAGCCACCACCCGCCAUUUUUUCAAAUUGUCACAAUCACAAGUUCACGGUUAGGUUUAUUUUUUUGCGGACAAAAUGGAUUUAAAAACACUACUGCGGGAAAAAAUAACGAAAAGUGGAGGUGCGAAAAAGUCGCCCCCCGAGUUGGAGCAACAAGAAGACGAGUACUUCCAACACUACAUGAAGCAAUAUUGUGACAAACCACCGAACGAAACCACGGGCAUUCCGCGUUUUUACAAUAAAUUACCGAAAGAAGAUGAGCCCCUAAGGCAAAAACUGCGCGAGGAGAGCCGCUCCAAUUUACUGAAACGUAAAAGUCAAAACUUGUUGGAUAACAACGAAUUGAAGGAACUGUGGGUGAUUUUGGACCAGAACCAGAGCUACCCCGAGGAACAGUUGAUAACGUACUCCGAUUAUCAGAAGGUGGUCACGCUGGUGGGGCCCAAAGUCAAGCCCUACUUCACUUCGGUCGUGUUUGCGAAGCUCCAACAGGGUGACCCCCAGGGCAGAGUCUCGAUCAUGUCGCUUUUUAACUACGUGAUGCGUAAAGUGUGGCUACAGCAGACCAGGAUCGGGUUAUCGCUGUAUGAUAGUACGGGACAGGGUUACUUGACUGAAAUCGACUUGGAGAAUUAUAUCACUGAGUUGUUGCCAACUUUGCCGCAACUUGAGGGACUGGAAAAGUCGUUUUAUAGUUUUUACGUGUGUACGGCCGUUCGGAAAUUUCUGUUUUUCCUCGAUGGAGUGCGUGCGGGUCGUGUGCGGAUUUUAGACAUUUUAGCUUGUUCGUUCCUUGAUGAUUUACUCGAAUUGAGGGACGAGGAGUUGAGUAAAGAGGUGCAGGAACAAAAUUGGUUUAGUGCCCCUUCAACGUUACGUAUUUACGGACAUUAUCUAAAUCUUGACCGUGAUCACAACGGAAUGUUGAAUAAAUCUGAACUUGCGGGUUAUGGCUCUGGGACUUUAACGCAGCCCUUUCUAGACCGCGUUUUUCAAACGCUUUUGACUUAUUCCGGUGAAAUGGACUACAAAACUUAUCUAGAUCUAGUACUAGCUUUGGAAAAUCGUGCCGAACCACAAGCUCUUGCUUUUUUGUUCCGCAUCUUAGACAUAAAUAAUCAAGGCUACUUGGACUCUUUCACUUUAAAUUAUUUUUUCCGAGCGAUUCAGGAGCAGAUGAGGGCCCAUGGGGCCGAAGCUGUGUCCUUUGAGGACGUUAAAGACGAACUGUUUGACAUGGUCAGGCCUAAAGAUCCGGAAAAAAUCACCCUGAAUGAUUUAAUCGCCUGUGGGCAAGGGGACACUUUUGUCAGUAUUUUAAUCGAGUUUCACCGCUUUUGGGCCUACGAGAAUCGAGAGGCCGUCACGGCGGAGCCCUCCCAAGACUGAUGUUACAAUAAAUGCAAUUUUACAUAA